AUGUCGGAGUUACAGUCACAACCUAAAAAGAUUGCCGUUGUUACAGGCGCCUCAGGUGGUAUUGGAUAUGAGGUAACGAAGGAAUUAGCCAGAAAUGGCUAUUUGGUUUAUGCAUGUGCAAGAAGACUAGAACCAAUGGCACAAUUGGCCAUCCAAUUUGGUAACGAUAGUAUCAAACCAUAUAAGUUGGAUAUUUCCAAGCCAGAAGAAAUUGUAACAUUUUCUGGUUUUUUGCGAGCUAAUUUACCUGAUGGUAAAUUAGAUUUAUUGUACAACAAUGCCGGUCAGAGUUGUACAUUCCCUGCAUUGGAUGCAACAGAUGCUGCAGUAGAACAAUGCUUUAAGGUCAAUGUGUUUGGUCAUAUCAACAUGUGCCGUGAAUUGUCGGAGUUCCUUAUUAAAGCGAAAGGAACCAUUGUCUUCACUGGUUCCUUGGCAGGAGUUGUGUCAUUCCCCUUUGGUAGCAUUUAUUCCGCUUCUAAAGCUGCUAUCCACCAAUAUGCUCGUGGGUUACAUCUAGAGAUGAAGCCCUUCAACGUGAGAGUGAUUAACGCUAUUACUGGCGGUGUGGCUACUGAUAUCGCUGAUAAAAGGCCCUUGCCUGAAACCUCAAUAUACAACUUCCCUGAAGGUAGGGAAGCUUUUAAUUCAAGAAAAACCAUGGCUAAGGACAAUAAGCCCAUGCCAGCUGAUGCGUACGCAAAGCAACUGGUUAAAGAUAUCUUGAGCACUAGUGACCCUGUAGAUGUUUAUAGAGGAACGUUCGCCAACAUCAUGCGUUUUGUCAUGAUAUUUGUUCCUUACUGGCUAUUGGAAAAAGGACUUUCCAAAAAAUUUAAAUUGGACAAAGUUAAUAAUGCUUUGAAGUCGAAACAGAAGAAUAAGGACGAUUAG